UUUCCCUAACCGAGACUCUCUCCUGCAGCAGCGCCCCCUCCGGGCGCCCCUGCCCGCCUUGCGCCAGCCCCCAGAAGAUGAAUGCCAGCCCCCAGGAAGCUCUGAUCUCCGUCUUUCUGCAGUUCAUCGAGGCCCGGGGCUGCUGGUCCUACGGGGCGCUGAGCCGGACGUGCCACCCCCAGGAGCUGCCGCUGCAGAGCGAGAUGAACCUUCUCUAUCGGAAGAGUGGAAAGGCGGAGUGGAAGCAGGGCAAGGACGAGGAGCCUGCUAGGGGUUCAACCAAGGAGACAGGCGUAGCCAAGGUGCGCGACGUGGCCUCCUUCCGUCGGCAUUUCAGAAUGGGGUUCAUGACCAUGCCAGCCUCGCAGGAACAUGCCCCACACCCUUGUGCCAGCAGCAUGGCACCCCGCUCCCUCUCAUGCCAUUCUGUGGGUAGCGUGGACAGCAGCUCAACUGAUGGGGCGGUGGGAUCUCGCAAGCCACCUGCUAAGCCGAAGCGGCACCCCAGCACGAAGCUCAGCACCGAGGCCAGGAGCGCACUGGAGCUGACGGGAAGCAAGAAAGGAGGAUGCCAGAAGGUGGGCGUGGAGAGUCGCGAAUCCUCUCGCAAAGAGCCUCCGCAGAAACCCAAGCGCAGCCCCAACACCCACCUGUCCGUCUCCUUCGAUGAGGCCUAUUCCGGGCGCCUUCCAGGUCCCGCUCCGGGGGGCAUGGUGCAGCGCUAUGGGCGAGCCUUCUCCCAGGGCCAGGCCAAGGGCUCCGAUGCCGAGGAGGACGAGCCAGUCUACAUCGAGAUGGUGGGGGACAUUUUCCGGGGACUCGGCCCCCCCUCCCAAGUAGUCACUGCUGUGGAUGACGACUCGGAUGAGAGUGAAGCCAUUUAUGAGGAAAUGAAGUACCCACUCCCUGAAGAAGGGGGGGAGUCCCGCCCCAAUGGGGCCCUCGCCUCGCCUUGUCAUCGGCCGAACAAGAGGGAGGCUGCCAAGGCAGCGCCCAGUGCCAAGACCCCUCCAUGCGAGAUCCCGCCCCCCUUCCCCAACCUGUUGCAGCAUCGCCCCCCCCUUCUGGCCUUCCCCCAAGGCAAGAAGGGGUACAAAGGUGCCGGUCCAGAUGGCUCCAAACUGCCCAUCCCGUGCCACGCCAAGGAAGUGCCCUCGGCCCCUAUGACCCCCCAGGUCCCUAGCCACCAUCAGCAGCGGGGCGGCGAGAACCCUGUCCUGGCGCCAUCUGGCCGUGCCCGCAGCCACUCCACGCCGCUGCCCCCGCAGCCUGCCAGCCAGAGCAAAGCAGAAAAAGACCUCCCUGUUUCUCACAGCAUGAUCUGCCCCUCCGCAAAGCCAUCCCCUGCCCCAGCACUGCCAGCAGCUUCUGCCCCUUCCGGGGUGCCAGGGAAAGACAAGCCAGCCGUUUCCUACACGAUGGUCUACUCAGCGGUCAAAGUCACAACUCACACAGCCCCCUCCGAGCAAAAGACAGAGAAGGAGAUUGCAGUCCUCCGCGGGAUGCUGUGUGCCCGGCCGUCCACCGUGCCCUCUUGCAAACAGGUGCAGCGAGCUUGCAUGCUCCCCGAGCCACUGCCUCUGGGCAUGGUCUGGACCUACCCGGCGCCCUGUGCAGGGCUGAAGCACCCGCCAGCCUACGAGAGCGUCAAAAACGUGGGUGCCAAAGCGUCAUCUGCUGUGAAAAUUCAGCUGCGGGACCGGGCCUUCACCAGCAUCGCCUGCUCCCAGGUCGUCUCUGGCGACGAGUGUGGCCGGGCAGCGGGGGAAGAGGAACCCUUUGGCUGGAUGCUGCAGAGGAGAGCGGGCUUUCGGAAGGGGAAGGAGCCGGACAAGGUCAUAGACUGCCCCCCAACCUGGGACGGUAGCGAAAGUGCUCAGCCCAAAUUGGAAAAGGAAGAGAAAGUUGUGCCAAGCCAUCCGCAGUCGAGCAUCCCAGUCCGUGCUCCUGCACCCGAGUGCCUGGCUGUCAAGAUGCCAGUGGGGAGGACCAAUCUGCCUAUUCCUUGCCAGACCUUUCCUGCCUGUCACCGCAACGGAGAUUUCACCAGUGGCUACCUUCUGGGCCGCUCAGCAUCCACCUCGGGCGUUCGACAGGCUGUGAUCCACACGCAGAGGCCAUGCAGCCAUCCCAGGGACCCAGCCAGCCUGGCCUUGCAGUACACGCAGCUGCCCGCCCCCGAGGCCCUGCAGAGCUCCUCGCGGGAAAGGGACGGCAAGCUGCUGGAGGUCAUCGAGCGCAAGCGGUGCGUCUGCAAGGAGAUCAAGGCGCGGCACCGCCCCGAGCGCAGCUUGUGCAAGCAGGAGAGCAUGCCCAUCCUGCCCAGCUGGCGGAGGAGCACCGAGAGCCGCAAGUCCGGGACGCCGCCCUGCCGUCGCCAGCAGACGGUGCUCUGGGACACGGCCAUCUGACCGGGGGAGGGGGCUGAGCCCCAAGAACUGGUGCCUUGUGCUGGCCAAGUGGAGCCGUGGCAGGGCUGACUGCUGGCAGCACGGUCUCCCGCUGGGGGCCUUCCAGGCCAGGGACGAUUCAGAGACCGGGGGCCGCCCAGGAGCCGCCCCUCCUGAGCUGCGGCUGGAAGGACGCUUUAGCGGAAAGGGGCAAAUUUCUCUUUCACGGCUCCCUGGAUUAAAAGGGGGGGCUGCAGUGGGACAAGCCUGUCGCCGCCCCUGGAGAAGCCUCCCCUCUGU